UUCUCUUCUCUCCCCUUCUCAUCACUCCCGUCAGACUCGAAUCGAAUUCCUAUCGUUUUUAAUUCUAGAUAGGUUUGGUAUAUCGAAUCCGGUCCUAUUUGUUACCCUCAAUCGGCCAGUUGGCUUUUCUUGCCACGGCCCCGCUUGGUUGCCCUGGAGACCAUCGAUUAACGGCUACUUCCGUCAUUGACGAGCUGGGGGCUGCACAAUAAUCAAGGUUCUCACCAAAAGAGCGGAGACCAGGAAGAUCUUUCCUUCCCAUCCGUCCGUUCAAUUUUUUCCCUCUCCACAAAACCCCAUCCGCCUUUUCCUUUAAAACAUCGGUUUUCGUGGCGUUGAUAAGCUACGCGAAUCGCUUCCACCAUGGCGGACGCUCUGGAGUAUCUUGCUCCGGAUUUUGAUCUCAAUUCCCUCACCGUACCGCGUCUGCGAUCCAUCCUUGUUAGCCACGAUGUUCCCUACCCUGCUUCGGCCAAGAAGGCUCAACUUAUCAGCAUCCUGGAGGCGGAAGUUAUGCCCCAGGCCCGAAAGCUAUUGAGAGAGCGCGAGAGAGUCAGGAGAACCAGCGAGGGUAUCACAGACAUGGGAAGUCGCGCGACGUCAGAUGCGAGCGACUAUGACGACCAGCGCGGAACUCCGGCGAGAGACUCGAUGCCACCCCCGCCUACACCGUCUACGGUAUCGACAGCCACCGGAAGAAGGGGACGCUCUAGAGCAAGUGUCAGAGCAUCGACAGCCGACACUGAGGAAAGAAAUGCUACAGCUACUCCGUCGGUGAGCUCGAGGAAAUCUAUCCCGAGAUCGCAAUCGAGAAGAUACCGCACGUCAGACACGGAGCCGCAGGACGAUAUGUUGGCAACACCUGUGGCAACUGACACCAUGACACCACGGAAGUCCACUGCCAGGAAACCCAGACGCAGCGAAAUGACACCAUCUGUGAACCCCGAACCCCCGGUUUCUGCCAUUAAACUCGAACCGAAGGAGGAGAGCGUUUUCACCGAUGAUAAUCCCUUCCAAAGUGGAUCGCCAGCCCGUUGGGAAUACAAGAGCCCGAGGCCGUCUAGUCAUAGAUCGGAAAGAAAGAGCAGCUCGCGGUUUUCGCUCGAAUCGCCUGCCUUGAGUAGCGGUCUGCGGUCAAGGAAGUCCGUCACGCCAGCGGAUCUGCACGAUCAGCAUGGUGCUACUCCAUCAAAGCGGUCACCAUUCGAGCCCCCCAUCUCAAAUAUGAGAACUCCUCCACAGAAUUUUGAUCCAAUCAAGUACGAGGAGGACAGCGACUUUAGUGCAGGCGAGGAAUUUACACCAGACGAGCAGUUGGCGCUCGAGAGGGAGCACGCCGACUUGAUGUACAGUGUUCCAAGCCGGCGGCCACAAAAACAGGGAACUGCAAGCCGUGCAGCGCCUUGGGUUAUCCUCGUCAUAUUGUUCGCCAGUUUCGGUGCUUGGUGGCGUAAGGAGAAGAUUGAGAUCGGAUUCUGCGGCAUUGGCAAACCCACUUGGUCCUUGGCCGAAACCAGGGUCCCUGAAUGGGCCAAUGUCCUUGAACCUCAAUGUGAACCAUGCCCCCCGCACGCAUUCUGCUACCCUAACUUUGAAGCUCGCUGUGAACACGACUUCCUGCUUAAGGCGCAUCCGCUGUCUCUUGGAGGGUUGGUUCCGCUGCCCCCCACCUGUGAGCCAGACAGCGAGAAAGCACGUCGUGUAAAGGCUGUCGCGGAUAAGGCUCUGGAAGCAUUGCGUGAUCGCAGGGCGAAGUGGGAGUGUGGGGAGCUGGCGCAGGAUGAGGAAGGCACCGUCGGUGCAGAAAUCAGCGAAUCCGAUUUGAAACAGGAAGUGGGGAGACAGCGCCGGAAAGGCAUGAGUGACACAGAGUUUGAUGACCUUUGGAAGGGAGCUCUGGGUGAGGUGAUUGGAAGGGAGGAGGUUGUUACCAGAAUGAAGCAACCAUCCUCUGUCCUCACCCUCACCUCGACCUCCGUCAGCCGUCUCCCUCUCACAUGCGCCUUCCGCCGCAACAUCCGACUCUCUCUCGUCGCGUAUCGAUUCCCUCUUUCGGUUCUAGCUCUCUGCGCAUGUGUAGUCCUUUACGCACGCUCAAGAGUCCGGGCUCGCCGUUCUGAUAUGGCUCGAGUCCCGGAAUUAGUCGCUACGACACUCGACCGCCUGGCGACGCAAGCUGCCCUUCACGCUAGGGGUGCUGCUCGCGAGCCCUAUAUUCCCAUUGGUCAAUUGCGCGACGACGUACUCCGUUCAGAGCUGCGCGGAAGUCGGCGUGAAGCAUUGUGGAAGCGAGUUCGCAGUGUAGUGGAGGGCAAUGCCAACGUUCGCGCUUCAGUUCGUGAGGGCCGUGGUGGAGAUGUUGCUCGCGUCUGGGAGUGGAUCGGUGGGAUUGGCAGUGUCCGGAGCGAGAUCGAGAGUAGCACUGCAACAGGCCGUGAGAGCGGUAAGGUGCAUUUCUCUCCACUAACUGCCGAGCAAAGCCGUGACCAGCCCGUUGGAGAGGCCACGCUGGCGCAGAGCCCGAGAGAAUUGCGCAAAUGGGAUGAGGGCAGGCCUAUCUACUGA